UAUAACAUCAUAUGCUAUCAUUAGAAUAGGAGAAAGUAAAUAAUAAAAUAAAUACUUUGAAAUAAUGAAAAAGAAACGGAAUCUAAACAUGUUUAACCAAAUUUUCAAGCGUGAAAUUGGACUGCAUAACCCAAGGAAGCUUGCCGAAUUGAAAAAGACUGAAAGAAUACUCUCUUUGCAACUGAGUUCAGAAAAAACUUUUCAGGAAGUUCCUGGGGAUUUAAAUACUGGCGGUGUCAAUUCGCUUUCACUUUCUCCAGAUCUGUUUGGGAGGCGGUAUUUGCUCUCUGCAACAUCAAGGGGCACUAUAGCGAUUCACGAUUUGAACACUAGGGAUGGGGGAGUGUGUAAGAUAAUUGCACAUCUUCAUCCAGGCGAACCACCCAUGCAUAGUCGGAAUGUCGAAACUGUUAGUUGGUACCCACACGACUCUGGGUUAUUUUUGUCCAGGUAAAAUAUUAAGAUUAUCCUAAUGUUUAAAAUUUUGUAAUAAUAUGUUGAUCAGAUACAAGCACUGAAUUGUCUUCAUUCUGUUCUAAUAUAUAGCUCAGUGGACUGUAGUAUCAAAGUAUGGGAUACUAACGCAAUGCAACCUGUUGAAAACUUCACCCUACAAGAUAUAAUCUACCACCACCAAAUGUCACCGGUUGCUACAUCGCAUUCUCUAGUUGCUGCAGCUUGCCGAGAUUCACGAGUAUACCUUGCAGACCUACAAUCUGGUUCGGCAACGCACAUUCUUAAAGGGCACAAGAAAUCUGUCCUGUCCUUAGCCUGGUCUACCAAGGAUCCAUUCAUACUUGCAAGCGGUAGCAGUGAUAACAGGGUGUUACUUUGGGAUAUUCGGAACGCCUCUGGUGCUGUUCUUGGGUUGGACCAACAUAACGGUAAACAGACUUCUGAAUUUGCAAAACACAAAACUGCACAUAAUGGUCAUGUUAAUGCAAUGUCUUUUACGUCAAAUGGGUUACACUUGGUUACCUAUGGUACGGACGAUCGGCUCCGGUUAUGGGAUGUGACAACUGGUCGAAACUGCCUAGUUAACUAUGGGCGUAUUGCUAACCGCUGCAAUAAAGGAGUUCAAAUAGCUGUAAGCGACACUUCACAAGAGUUGGCAUUCCUACCCACUCUCAGUGAUCUUCUAGCAGUUGACAUACACUCUGGUAAACAUGUUAUGAAAUUAAAAGGACCUUAUCGUAGUGUUAAUUGUUGUGUGUAUGAAGAGAACUAUCAGGAACUGUACAGUGGCUCAAAUGACACGUUUAUUCUAGCUUGGCAGCCUCAGAGAAGGGUGGUUGAAAGUCUCGAAAGUUCAUCCGACACAGAUGGUGACCUGAGGACUAAACAUGGCCCUAAUAUAUACCAAGACACAUGGAGUAGUGAUGAAGAUUGUUAAGUUUUGUCUUUAAAUGAAGGACGAUUUAACAUCCUGUGCCGUGACAGUAACCAACAUAAAGGAUCUGAAGGCUCCCACUUUUCAUUGGAUUGACAAUGACAUUGAAAUAAAAAAUAUAUCACCUUGAAUUUAUGUCUAAUUGUUUUCAAUUGUUCAUAUCUUGAGUUUACAAGUUAUUCAGAAUUUGCUUUUCCUUAUGUCUCACACAUUCUACUACAAUCCAUCUAAUCUGUUACACCUUUACUUAUAAUAACACUACAAAAUUUUUAGGCUGUAUACAGUACAACUUAUCUAGUUACUAGCUAUUUUUGACAAAAAAUUCACUAUGGCAUGCAAUUAAUUAAAACACAAAAAAAUUUUACAUAAUAAAAUUUGUAUAAUUAUACUACAAUAAUCCAACACUCAUCAACUUUAAUCCUUAUUUGGUACUACAAAAAGAGGUUGUGAAUAUUCAUUUAAAGUGCCUGCAUGAACGGUAGCCAUGACACAACUGUUCUUACAAGAUGUCCUCACAACCAACUUCUGCCCAGAGAUUACAUCAACCUUCUCUUUAAACAUUAUAACAACUUGAUUAAAAUGACAGCCAGUUUCUGGGUCUGUGCUCACCGUUUUUCCUUCUGUAUAGCCAAGGUUGAACCAAUACAUCAGACCAUCAGCCUUUCCUUGUUUCGAUGCUGUCAUGUGUGUAUCACAUGUCACAUUCAAGAGGGAAAGUAAGGAAUCAUCAUCAUGAGGUUUCAUAAAAUCCAAUGUUAGAAGUAGUGCUGGAUCAGACAGUGAGACAAAGGGGUUGCUUUUGACAUCAAAAUCAAUUUGGUUUUUGACUCGAAAAGUGUUGAUAAAACCUGCAAAAUAACAAAAUUAGCAUUUUGUAUCAUGGCAUAAAUAUAUCAACACAAUGAGUGACUGGAUGGCAUGGAGAACAGUGGCAUUUUCCAAACAAUGGAAAGACAAUGGGACAUUUGGAUCACUGGAUGGAUGAUAUACUAUUGCUACUAAUAAUAAAGACAAUGACCUGCAAUGUCAAGGCCUAAUGUGACAUCAUCACUAGUCACAUGACUUUUCUGACAUAAUGAUCUAGAGCUGAUCAACAUUCCCCAGACUUCAAUCUUUCUCGGCAAGACUAUCCCAACAUCCUUAGGGAGCACACAUCCUUUGGCAAGCACAAUAUCUUCGACCACUCCUUGCCUCAGCUGCCCGCCUGGUUCGAUAGGGUCGAUUAUCAGGACGCCCCAGCCUUCGGUUCCAGCUAGCACUUCAAGGGGCUUGUCCAUGAAACGAAGGCUUCCUGAGCAUUCCCUCUCACCAGCUAGUGUUUUCAAACACUGCAUAAAAUUUGUGUCAUUGGUGAUGCAAACAACGGGUGAAAGUCCUGACCAUAAUGCAAACAAUGGAUUGAAAGUCAGUGAACUGCAUAGCACAAUGCAUCCCAGGGUUGAAUAGUUGGUGGAAGAUAAUUUCAGCUUCUCAAAAGCAUCCGAGAGUGCCUCAUUGCAACUUUCGGUUAAAUCAGCAUCAUUUAACUUGCUUAUAUCUUGAUAAGGCAAUGUGAUACUUUCACUUAAUUCAACAUCAUUCAACUUGUUUAGCUCUUGAUAUGGCAAAUUUGUACUAGUAUUAUGCUUACAGCUUGCUGGAACAGCGUGACCGCUUUCAACAUCAUUCAAUUUGCUUAGUUCUUGAGAAGACAAAAUACCAUCAACCUUAGGAGAUGGCUGAAUAGACUGACUUCUAGUAAUGUCCAGAACGUCCAGACAUAUUGCACUGCUUGUCAGUCGGACAUUCAAUAUGACUUCAUCACUGGCCUCAACAGUUUGUUCACCUUCUGAGAGUCGGCAUGGAUAGACAGCCUGUUCCCAGCAUACACUAUGACCUGGAGCACUCGACAAAGUUUCCUGAGCAUCCAACCUUAGUUCAAACCACACCAUAAUAGCAUCUAAACAGCCUGAUCUAACAAUUGAAACAUUAAGGUUGUCCUUAGAUUCUUCCAUGUAGUUCUCAGGUGUUUGGAAAUCAUAAGUUGUUAUGUGGAAAGGAUUCGAUAGAGUCACAUGGUCAAUACAGCUCAUCUCUUCAGUUGUGUAAGGCUCUUCACCUUUUUCAGAAAUUUCGGCACCUCGGAUAUGGACACUACUUACAUCAUGGCUAAAAAUAGCCUGCUUUACUUGGGAAUAAUUUCUGAUCUUCUCGCAUUGGAUUAGCUGCCCAUACACAAUAGCUCCCUUGGGAAUAAUUUGAGCUUUCAGAUUGGCUGCUAAAAGCUCAUGUUUUGCAUGGGUUAAUGUACUUAUGAUUCCCUCCCCUAGUAAACCGCAAUCUAAGGUCUCGGUAACAAUCAGUGAGACUUGCCCAGGCAGGUCACCAGGUAUUGUCAAAUCAUGUGACUUCUUGUUAAUCACAUGGACAGAAUCUUUCAUCUGAUUGGCUGACAGGAUAUCCAAUGAAAGAUCAUACAUUGUUUUGGACAUUUCACAAGCGUACACUUCUUUGGCACCAGACUGGACUGCAAACAUGCUUAAAAUACAUGUUCCACUACCAAUAUCUAAGACUCGACCACACCCAUUUUUCACAGCACGAUCUAUAGCAUUCCUAUAGGCUUGAUUUCGUUCCUUGUCAUUAAGCAUCCGAAAGUGCCAUCGUUCGACAAGCACGUUUGCAAUAGAGUCUAAGUUCUCCUCGGCACUGCUGAGCUGUGGAUCGAGCUUUAGUGCCUGACGGAAGUGGACAGCAGCCUCGUCAAACAGGUUUAACCGGAACAGGGUGGAGCCAACAUUGUUUGCAAUUUGGGCCGACUUCGGGAAAAGUUUGCAAGCUUCUUCUAAGCAUUUUACCAAGUCUUUCAAUUUGCCAUUUUCUGCUAGGAUACUGCUCCAGUUUUUCAGAGCGAAUAGAAA